AAAGAGCGAAAGGAGGAGAAGAAGAGAAGGAGGGGCCUGGAGGUGGCAACAACACAGGUGAGGGUGGAAGCCUCAGGGCGUGCCAGAGGUGAAGUGGAGCCGACGAAGCGGACAACGGACACCGGCAGCCCCCUCCAGGUGAUUGGCUGACCCUGGGCAGAUCCAUGGACCGCGGGGUGACCAUCAAGAACCCUUAUGCCAGCGUGAGCCUCCCGCGGGCGCAGCUCAAGGAGGACUUCCUCCGCUACUCCCUGGGCGAGGACCAGGCCCCGGGCGCCGUGCUCUACAGCCCCAGCCCCCUGCCCACCUACACGGAGGGCCCCCGGGUCCCCACGCGGGAGUCCUGGGCCCAGCCCUUCAACCCUUACGCCAGCCUCUCCCUGCCCAACCGCGGGGCCGCUGCUCCGGAGCCUUUCCACUGGAAGAGCCAGCAGGCCGCAGGCGGCGGGGACAGCAGGGGCCCUAAAGGCGGGGGCUGCUGCUGCUGUUGCCCUUGCUGCUGCAAGCGCUCCCCGUGCAGCAGGCGCUGCCGCUGCGUCGUCUCCUAAGGCAAGACCCCCACCUUGGCCCCCAAGACGGCUUCCGACCGGCGCCGGGCAACUCCAGUUUGGACCUUAAAGCAAAGGAACACAAGACAGGGAUGGAAAGCAGGACUCUUAGGACAAAGGGACUCUUCUUGGAAAGGGGCCACGCACCUUUGCAACCCACAUGCGUUGACUUUGCAACCCAUACGCAUUGACUUCGCAACCCACAUGCGUUGACUUUGCAACCCAUACGCGUUGGCUUUGCAACCCAUAUGCGUUGACUUUGCAGCCCAUAUGCAUUGACUUUGCAACCCAUAUGCGUUGGCUUUACAACCCAUACGCAUUGGCUUUGCAACCCAUAUGCGUUGACUUUGCAACCCAUAUGCAAUGACUUUGCAAGCCAUAUGCGUUGACUUUGCAAGCCAUAUGCAUUGACUUUGCAAGCCAUAUGCGUUGAUUUCGCAACCCAUAUACAUUGACUUUGCAACCCAUAUACAUUGACUUUGCAACCCAUAUGCGUUGACUUCGCAACCCAUAUACGUUGACUUUGCAACCCAUAUGCAUUGACUUUGCAACCCACAUGCAUUGACUUUGCAACCCAUGACUUUACAACCCAUAUGUGUUGACUUUGCAACCCAUUUGCAUUGACUUCGCAACCCAUGACUUUACAACCCAUAUGAGUUGACUUUGCAACCCAUAUGCAUUGACUUUGCAACCCAUACGCAUUGACUUUGCAACCUAUACUCAUUGACUUUGCAACCUAUACGCAUUGACUUUGCAGUCCAUACGCAUUGACUUUGCAAGCCAUAUGCAUUGACUUUGCAACCCAUAUGCAUUGACUUUGCAACCCACAUGCAUUGACUUUGCAACCCACAUGCAUUGACUUUGCAACCCAUAUGCAUUGACUUUGCAACCCACAUGCAUUGACUUUGCAAUCCAUGGGCAUUGACUUUGCAACCCACAUGCAUUGACUUUGCAAUCCAUGGGCAUUGACUUUGCAACCCACAUGCAUUGACGUAAUCUUCUCUGCAGGAACUGGUGAAGGAGCGACGACACCCUCAACAAGUCCUAGAGUUGAAAGAGAUCCCCGGAGGCCACCCAAUCCAACCCUCUUCUGCCAGGAAGGAACUACACCAUUCAAUCCCUCCUGACAGAUGGCCAUCCAGCCUCUCAUAGAGUCAUAGCAUUGGAAGAGACUCCCAAAGGACAUCCUAUCCAAUCCCAUUUUGCCAGAAAGGAAGACACAUAAGUCAGUCCCUCCUGAUAGAUGGCCAUCCCCUGGACUUUGAGGCAAAGAGUUCCACUGGUGAACACAGCUCUUCUUACAGUCCUUCCUUAUGUUCAGGCCGAAUCUCUCCUGCUGUCUUUUGAGUCCAAAGUCUCCAAGGGCAGAAGGAAACAAGCCUGUUCCCUUUUGUGUCAUCCUUUCGAACAUGUAAACAACUGCUUUAAACUGGAGUAUCUGCCGCAUAAUCCAGCUCAAUACACAACUGUAUGGAAGGGGCCUUUGUCACGCAGCUGUGGGUUCGAGGACCUUGUCCUUGUGCCUUCGCUCUGUGUUUGCUCUUUUUCUUUCUCUUUCUUGGGCAGGGACUCUCCGCUCUGGCUCUUCCACAUUCUGAGCAUUUUCUGCUCUUUCCUCGUCUCGGCCGAAACCCUCUUGCAGCCCUGAAGCCUUUCUAAGGAUGGUGACCGGAGAAGCCCCAGAGGGUCCUGUGCAGCUGCAGAUAUACAGCCAGAAAACCCUGAAGGCAGAAGAGAAAAGGGGGAAAGGGGGCUUUGUUGCAGUGCUGCUUUUUUUUCCCUCCCCGUGGCCAAAAAAGCUGCCUCGUGGGUGCUAUUUUUAGGCCCACGUUGCCUUGCGAGGCGUUUGCAUCGAGGGUGGAACGAGAAAGGCAGGCGGAGGGAGGGAGGCUGGAACCAGGGCUUGGGGAGCCAUAAACUCCCUGCCACUGCGCAUCAUGUCUUUGCCAUGUUUCCUUUUCAUGGGUUCGGGCGGGGGGAGGUUUGCAAGGCACAGCUCCCUCGACUCAGUGGGUCCGGCUCUGCAAGAUUCCUGGGCUCUGCUUGACCUUAUCCCCCCUCAAUAAAAAAAAGUCCCAAGUUUGGACAAGCAGGAAUGCAACAAGA